ACAACAGGAAAAGCCUGGAAAGAAGAGUUUUAUUUGGUGGGGCGGUUGGAGGACCUGUGUUUAACCAAAGACAUGUUUUUGGAGUAGGAGUGUGAGAACGCUGCGGGACAGCCGGCGGACUGCGUUAGUGGGACCUUUUUAAGGGGAGGUUAUUGACAAGCCAAUAUCAACUCUAUGGGAAUUAUCAGUGAGGAACAACAUGGAGGAGGAGCUGAUGUGACCAUUUAGAAGCACCCAGCAUGACCUCUCCACACCCACUUCUCUGUCACCCUAUGGUGGGCAGUAAAGUAGUGUCUGUACCUAAUGGGGCAUCGCACAUCGAGGAAGAUGAGGAUGAAGAUGAGCAGGGGGAGAAAUUUGAGUUUGAUGACUGUGAUGACAUUGGACCUCCAGAGGUGAACUCUGGUUCUCCUGUGAAGUGUGAAUGGACCACACACACAGAGGUGUCAGACCUUUAUGCCCAGACAAACACAGCCCAGGAGGCAGAAAGGCAAGGCAUGAAUGGAACAACCAGUGCAGGGCAGGAGGGCCAGACCACCUCCACUGUGAACCAGCAGUACUGCUCAGAUAUGGAAGUCAGAGAGUCACCCGAGGGGCGUUCCACCUCCUCUGAUCUGGGAGUGGCCGGGGACUUGGAGAGUUUCUAUAAGGCAAACAGUAUUUAUGAAGGAAAGUCUUCUUUAAUGCCUGAAUGCGGUCUGGAGUCCAGCAGUGCUGUAAAUGGAGACGGUCCACAACAGGACACUGCUGAGGAUGAGGCAUCGUCUCCAGUCAGUCCACAGACUGAACGUCAGCACACAGCCGGUGAAGACGGACCAACCAAUGAGAGCGCAGUGACCUGCAGCCCAGACGCUGUGGUCCGAGACCCUGAAGUCAUCUACGAUGACGUGCCUGCUGAAAACCAGCAGCAGCCAGUGGACAAUGUGGAUGACAUCUAUGAGGACAUCCAGAGACCUGACCACCGUGGCUCCAAUGGCUGGAGCUCCAGUGAGUUUGACAGUUAUGAUGAACAGUCUGACAGUGAGACAGCUCCUCCAGCGCGCAGCAGCACCAGCAGCAAGCUGCCUGCAGAUGUGCUGAGGCUGAAGGAGCGUUGUGCUGUCACCAGGAGGGAGCUGGCGCUGCGUCUCAGCGCACCUCAUGUUGCUCACAUCAGACAGAGCUGUGACACUAAGGUGCAGCAGUUUAUGAAAGCAGCGAGGAACGGUACCAAGGAUGGUUUAGAAAAGACGAAGUUGGCCAUGAUUCGCAAAGUGUCAUUCCUGCAGAAGAAAGACUCCACAGGUGAGGGAAAGGACGAUGCAGGUUACAUGCAUGUGUCUGUGUGCGAGUUAAAGCACCCUCCACCACAACUCUGCCCCAUGCCAGAGGGGCUCAGCAGUCAGCAGGUUGUCAGACGUCUCAUCCUCAGCUCCAUCGUGCAGAGCGAGAGCAGCUACCUGGACUCUCUCAAGAGAAUCCUCCUGGAGUACCAGAAGCCUUUGCUGGAGCCACAGAACAGUUUCCUUAACCCCAAGAAAGUGCGUCAGAUCUUUUACCGUCUGCAGGAGAUCCAUCAGUGUCACUCCAUGUUCCAGAUUGCCCUGGCAUGUCGCGUGGCUGAGUGGGAUCACAAUGAGAAGAUCGGAGACCUGUUUGUUGCCUCGUUUUCAAAGUCCAUGGUGCUGAACGUGUACAGUGACUACAUCAACAAUUUCACUGGCGCCAUGGCACUGAUCAAGAAGGCCUGUAUGUCUAAACCUGCUUUCCUGGACUUUCUUAAGAAGAAGCAGGCGUCCAGUCCAGACAGAAUCACUCUGUACGGCCUCAUGGUCAAACCUAUCCAGCGCUUUCCUCAGUUCAUUCUGCUGCUCCAGGACAUGUUGAAGAACACUCCAAAGUCCCACGCUGACCGGUUGCCCCUGCAGCUGGCUCUCACUGAACUGGAGACCUUGGCUGAGACACUCAAUGAGCAGAAGCGUCUGGCUGAUCAGGAGGCUGAGAUCCAGCAGUUAGCGCACAGCAUGGGGGACCGCAGCUUCAACAAGCUGCUGAAGUCGGAGCAGAGGCAGCUGAUUCAGUGUGAACCGCUGACUGAGAUUGUUUAUGGCGAUAACGGUCAAGUCCUCAAGUCGAAGGAGCGAAAGGUCUUCCUGCUCAACAACACCGUGAUCUGUGCUAACAUCAACCUGAAAGGUCCCCCUGACAUCACCAGCCUGGUUCCUGUGGGUCCUAAGUACACAGUGAAGUGGUUUGCUCCUCUGCUUCAGACUCAGGUGGUGGAGGUGGGACAGGACAGUCUGCAGAGCAGGGACAGUUUCAUCUCAGCCAGACGCCAUAGCUCCACCUCCAGCAGCACAGGUAAAGUCUUUCUGGGUCCUCCCAGACUGUACCAGGAGCUGGAGGAGCUGCAGCAUGACCUGGCUGUGGUGGAGGAGGUGUCACUGCUGGUGGGGACGCUCAAUGGAACCUACCAGAAUCUGAACACCACGGUGUCUCAGGACUGGUGUCUGGCUCUGCAGAGACUCAUCCGUCUGAAGGAGGAGGAGAUCCAGAACGCCAACAAGUGUCGCCUGCGUCUCUCUGUACCAGGCAAACCUGACAAGUCCGGUCGUCCAGUGAGCAUCAUGGUGGUCUUCAGCACUCCAAGCCCCCUCAGUAAGAUCUCCUGGGUGAACCGGCUUCACCUCGCCAAGAUAGCUCAAAGUCAGGAGAACACUCCGGGGUGGGAAUAUGCUGAAGAAGAUGGGAGGACCAAAGCUCCAUUUAGUUGUCCACUGCUGGCCUGCAGACUGCCUGUUUUCUCUCCCAAAACACGGCCACUGAAGCUAGGGGCAGCUCUUCACAGUCCGUCUCAGUCCAGCCUGCUUGGGUUCUGCACUGCCAGUACGUCCUUACCACAAGGUUACCUCUGGGUUGCGGGUACAGGAGGCACCUCCACCCACGGCCAAGUGGAGAUCUUCUCCCUGAACCGAGCCACUCCUCGGCUGGUCAAGACCGUCCCACUGAGGUCCCCAGUCCUCUGUCUGGAGUAUGUGAAGGAGCCGUGUCCCAGCACAGAGGAGGAGGCCGAGAAGGCCCAGAGUCCUGCCAAGAUAGGAAACAUCAUCUGUGUUGGCCUGCAGGACGGCAGCAUCCAUGUGUACAGCAGCGUGGAUACAGCUGUUCAGUGCCUGCUGACCCUGGUGAACCCUGACAGCUGUCCAGUCCUCUGCCUCAAACAUUCGCUGUCUUUCCUCUUCGCUGGUCUGGCCAACGGCAAAGUAGCUGUGUACCAGAGGAGGACUGGAGAGAGGCUGUGGGACACGGACUCACGCAGGCUGGUGUCUCUGGGCUCUGAGCCGGUCUGCAGUCUGCUGACACUUGAAGACGCUGUAUGGGCCAGCUGUGCCAACCAAGUCUUUGUCAUCCAAGGUUCCAGCCUGGGCACACAGAGUUUUGAAGCCCACUCCGAUCCAGGCUGCAGUGUGAGCCACAUGGUUCGCUCAGGUGGGGGUGUUUGGAUGUCCUUCGCCAAGGGCUCAUCCAUUCACCUGUUCCACACAGAGACUUUGGAACCACUUCAGGAAGUCAACAUCUCCACCCGCACCACCCAUCUGACACCAGGUGAGGUUUGUGUUUCCAGCUUGCUCAUCUGUCAGGGCCUGCUGUGGGUGGGGACCAGUCAGGGCAUCAUCCUCACCUUCCCUGUCCCGACCCUGGAGGGCAUCCCCAAGAUCACAGGUAAAGGAAUGACGUCUCUGAAUGCUCACUGUGGACCGGUGGACUUCCUGGUGUCGGCCUGCAGCUCCCUGGCCUCUGACUUGCUCAGACGGGACUCCAUCCUCAACAGCAGCGAGGAUGUUGUUAACGGAGACGGAGGGGGAGGAAGAGGACGAGGAAGUAAAGGUGAUGUGGGAGAAGACGAAGGAGGGCAGAGGUUGGAACAGAGCAGCUACCCCCACGAUUCAGAACCUUCUCUACCAAUGGAGCAGAAGCCCAAGCGCCUGUUGUUGCAGUACCGCCUCCGUUCAACCAGUCAGUUGCCUGGUAAACUGCUGACAGCCCAGCCCGAAGUGGGGAACCUGAGAGCCCUCCCAGACUCACUGGAGCACAGCCUGGAGGACGGCUCUAUCUAUGAAGUCAGCGAGGACCCUGAUGUGUGGGUGAGGGGGCGGCCUGUGGAGUGGGGGAGGGACGGGGAGGCCCGGCGCAGUAAAGUCACCUCAACAGCCAUCUUCUCUAGUGGCAGAGGAUACCGCAGGAUAGGACAGACAUCAUCUGCAGACACCUGCUCAGACUCCUCUGAAAACACACUGCUGGUGUGGCAGCUCCCCCUAACUCUCAGCCAAUGACAGACGAGCGGGGCACCUGACUGAGUGACGCAUCUGUGGACUCCAGCACCAGUUUACCGCCAAACCUUUCAACUGGACAUCUUGUCUCAAGUCAAAGGAGCAAAGGACACAUCAGAAUCAGAAAAAAACUUUAUUAAUCCCCGUAGGGAAAUUCUUUGAGAUGUCAGUGGUUCUGUUGUGACAGCACCAUAACCAAAUAAUGUUAGCAAGCUAACGCUAGGGGUGACAUUAACUGUGAAGCCUAACAAUACUUUAGUGAGCAGCUACCUCCAGGAAUGUGGGACAUCAGGGAGACCAACAUUCUUCAGCUCUUUUCCCACAUGUGAUUGUAACACCAGGGUCUUCAACUCUAUCAGGUUUUCACAUUGGGACUAGUUUACGUUCCUGCUUUUGGAUCAUGUUUUGCAAAUUCUCCGUUGUGUCAGUAGGUGUACUGAAAGCCAGGCUACCUGUUUCCCUCUGCAUCAUCCAAAUGCGGGCUGCGCCAAUUCUCUUUGUAAAUCUGUCCCUGAGUCUUCCUGUUGAGUACAAACUGUCAUGUAAUUUGCAUUACAUGCACCUUUAGCAGGAGGAUACCAGCGGAACACACUGCUGCCAUCUAGCAGGAAAACUUUUUGCCUUGUCAGAGUAACACUGUAAAACCUUGAUGAACCUCCACUAAAACAUUUACCAGGGGACUGUCAUUCCUAACAGCAGGAAUAUAUAUAUAUAUAUAUAUAUAUAUAUAUAUAUAUAUAUAUAUAUAUAUAUUUCAAGACUACAAAAAGCACAACUGAACAGAACAUGGAGGAAAUGGUUGAGUGUAAGAUUCAAAUAUUGACAGCACCAGACGUUAACAGGACUGUAUGAAUGUAGAGAAUGGAUCUGCAGAGCACUGUUUGUUCUGUGUUCCUGACAUUGGUUUGGUGUUGUUGAGUUUUAAUAAAUAAAAGAUCAAGUUAAAAAAAAAAAAAAAAUUCUUAAACCAACUUGCUCACACCAAUUAAAAAAAAAAAAAAAAUCAAUCUGAACUUGUUUAUAAGAUAAAUAAUGUCGCUUAUGUUCAAUGUCCAAAAUCUAUUAAAGGGAUUAACAGCCGUCACAGUAUUGAUACGCAUGUAAAUGUAGCUAAUUUCCCAUAAGAGAGGCACUAUAACAUGCUCCUGACAUAAUCCUGUGUUUACUUUUGUGGUAAUUCAAAGCACUAUUGGUACUUAGAGUGAUAUUUAAAAGCCAUGUCAAAAUAUUUUAAGGAACAUGUUAUAAUGUAUUCAGGAUAAUGUUUUAUGUAAAUAGCACUUUUAUGAAACAUUAUAAUAUUACAAGAUGAUUUUAUCAGAAGUGGGGAGUAAAGUUGUGAUAUUAGACAUUAAAUGAGUGCUUUUAUUUUGAAAUAAAGCAGUGAUUUCAUGUCUGUAGUGAAAAUGUCCAGUGUCCUCAGAUCCAGAGAUCUGACCUGUUGAAUACUGCGCGUCCACAAAUAUGUUUGUUUUUGUUUUGUUUGUGUGUGAAAUUUAUUUAUGUAUGUCAUCAAGUGAUGUGGUAUUUACAAUUUGUGAAUUUUGGACACUUUGUCUCAGCGUCUUGACUCUUUGGCAGCAUGCAUUUGAACCUCUUUACACAACACUUUAGUUUGUUUUCAAAAUGUACAACUGCUACAUGUUGUAUGUACAUGGUACAUUUUCUUCAGUCUGAAAAAGGUUCAGAUUCAGAUUCAGGUAGAUUCUUCACCUUCGUGUUGUAGCCAUGCUGUAUUCAGUAUUUACUGCUACAUUUCACACUGGCACUUUUAGAUACAAUAAAAGAAA